GCGCCGAGCCGAGCGGAGCCACGGAGGGAUGGAGAGCCGGCAGCCUGGGCUGCAGGAGCACCGGCGCGGGGCUUAGGCGGGCGCGCGCGGGCGUGAGCAGGCGCUCGGGCGGGAUAAGUGUGCGGGCGCAGGAGCACUUUGCGAUAGGAUGAGGCUCUUGGCUGGCGCGCGGUAGUACUAUGAUUUGGUAUGUGGCCACUUUGAUAGCAAGUGUGAUCAGCACCCGAGGUCUUGCGGCUCAAGGUGCCCACGGCCUGCGAGAGGAGCCCGAGUUUGUGACUGCGAGAGCUGGCGAGAGUGUGGUCCUGCGAUGCGACGUGAUCCACCCGGUGACGGGACAGCCCCCACCCUAUGUUGUAGAGUGGUUCAAGUUUGGGGUGCCCAUCCCUAUCUUCAUCAAGUUUGGCUACUACCCCCCGCAUGUGGACCCUGAGUAUGCAGGCCGGGCGAGUCUUCAUGAUAAAGCAUCCCUGCGGCUGGAGCAGGUGCGCUCUGAGGACCAGGGCUGGUAUGAGUGCAAAGUGCUCAUGCUGGACCAGCAGUAUGACACGUUCCACAACGGCAGCUGGGUCCACCUCACCAUCAACGCUCCUCCCACCUUUACAGAAACACCCCCCCAGUACAUCGAGGCCAAGGAGGGUGGCAGUGUUACCAUGACCUGCACAGCUUUUGGGAAUCCCAAGCCCAUUGUCACCUGGCUCAAGGAAGGGACACUCCUAGGUGCUAGUGGGAAAUACCAGGUGAGAGAUGGCAGCCUGACGGUGACAUCAGUCAGCCGAGAGGACAGAGGCGCCUACACCUGUCGCGCGUACAGCAUCCAAGGGGAGGCUGUCCACACCACCCACCUGCUUGUCCAAGGGCCUCCCUUCAUUGUGUCCCCUCCUGAGAACAUCACUGUCAACAUAUCCCAGGAUGCUCUGCUCACCUGCCGGGCAGAGGCAUAUCCCGGCAACCUCACCUAUACCUGGUACUGGCAGGAUGAGAACGUCUACUUUCAGAAUGACCUGAAGCUGAGAGUGCGGAUCCUGAUCGAUGGGACCCUGAUCAUCUUCCGGGUGAAGCCCGAGGAUGCUGGGAAGUACACCUGUGUCCCUAGCAACAGUCUGGGGCGCUCCCCCUCAGCCUCAGCCUACCUGACUGUGCAGUACCCAGCCCGUGUCCUCAACAUGCCCCCAAUAAUCUACGUGCCAGUGGGAAUUCAUGGCUAUAUCCGCUGCCCUGUGGACGCAGAGCCACCGGCCACUGUGGUCAAGUGGAAUAAGGAUGGCCGCCCCCUGCAGGUUGAGAAGAACCUGGGCUGGACCUUGAUGGAGGAUGGCUCCAUUCGAAUUGAGGAGGCCACAGAGGAGGCUCUUGGCACUUACACGUGUGUGCCUUACAACACCUUGGGGACCAUGGGCCAAUCUGCUCCUGCGCGGCUUGUCCUGAAGGACCCCCCGUAUUUUACGGUGCUACCAGGCUGGGAGUAUAGGCAGGAAGCUGGCCGGGAGCUGCUCAUCCCCUGUGCGGCUGCAGGGGACCCUUUCCCAGUCAUCACGUGGAGAAAGGUAGGGAAGCCCAGCAGAAGCAAGCACAACGCCCUGCCCAGCGGGAGCCUCCAGUUCCGAGCCCUGAGUAAGGAGGACCACGGGCAGUGGGAGUGCGUCGCCACCAACGUGGUCACCAGCAUCACUGCCAGUACCCACCUGACCGUCAUCGGCACCAGCCCCCAUGCCCCAGGCAGUGUCCGGGUCCAGGUCUCCAUGACAACUGCCAACGUGUCUUGGGAGCCAGGCUAUGAUGGAGGAUUCGAGCAGACAUUCUCAGUUUGGAUGAAGCGGGCACAGUUUGGGCCCCAUGACUGGCUGUCUCUGCCAGUGCCACCGGGACCCAGCUGGUUGCUAGUGGAUGCCCUGGAGCCUGAGACAGCAUACCAGUUCAGCGUCCUGGCCCAGAACAAGCUGGGAACGAGCGCCUUCAGUGAGGUGGUCACUGUGAACACUUUAGCAUUCCCUGUCACAACUCCAGAACCCCUGGUGCUGGUCACCCCACCAAGGUGCCUCACAGCCAACCGGACCCAGCAGGGUGUGCUCCUGUCCUGGCUGCCUCCUGCCAACCAUAGCUUUCCCAUUGAUCGCUACAUCAUGGAGUUCCGUGUUGGAGAGCGCUGGGAGACGUUAGAUGAUGCCAUCCCAGGCACUGAUGGAGACUUCUUUGCCAAGGAUCUGUCACAGGACACCUGGUAUGAGUUCCGAGUUCUGGCCGUCAUGCAGGAUCUGAUUAGCGAGCCCAGCAAUAUCGCCGGCGUCUCCAGCACAGACAUCUUCCCGCAGCCGGACCUGACUGAUGAGGGGCUGGCUCGGCCUGUGUUGGCUGGAAUCGUAGCUACCAUCUGCUUCUUGGCAGCUGCCAUCCUGUUCAGCACCCUGGCCGCCUGCUUUGUCAACAAGCAGCGCAAGCGUAAGCUCAAGCGCAAAAAAGAUCCUCCACUCUCUAUCACGCACUGCAGGAAGAGCCUAGAGUCUCCCUUGUCCUCUGGCAAGGUGAGCCCCGAGAGCAUCCGGACACUCCGGGCCCCAUCAGAGUCCUCCGAUGACCAAGCCCAGCCAGCAGCCAAAAGGAUGCUGAGUCCCACCAGGGAGAAGGAGCUGUCCUUGUACAAGAAGACCAAGAGGGCCAUCAGCAGCAAGAAGUACAGUGUGGCUAAGGCCGAGGCCGAGGCAGAGGCCACGACGCCCAUCGAGCUUAUUAGCAGAGGUCCGGAUGGCCGCUUCGUGAUGGAUCCCUCAGAGAUGGAGCCCUCGAUGAAGAGCAGGCGCAUCGAGGGCUUUCCCUUUGCGGAGGAGACGGACAUGUACCCUGAGUUCCGCCAGUCGGAUGAGGAGAAUGAGGACCCGCUGGUGCCCACGUCUGUGGCUGCCCUGAAGUCCCAGCUGACCCCUCUGUCAUCCAGCCAGGAGUCCUACCUGCCACCACCAGCAUACAGCCCUCGGUUCCAGCCCCGCGGGCUGGAGGGCCCCGGUGGCCUGGAAGGUCGGCUCCAGGCCACAGGCCAAGCCAGGCCCCCCGCCCCCCGGCCCUUCCACCAUGGCCAGUAUUACGGGUACCUCAGCAGCAGCAGCCCUGGGGAGGUGGAGCCGCCGCCCUUCUACAUGCCAGAAGUGGGCAGCCCCUUGAGCUCCGUCAUGUCCUCCCCACCCCUGCACAGUGAGGGGCCUUUUGGCCACCCCACCAUCCCUGAGGAAAAUGGAGAGAACGCUUCCAACAGCACGCUGCCCUUGACUCAGACGCCCACAGGAGGGCGCUCCCCUGAGCCCUGGGGCCCACCAGAGUUCCCCUUUGGGGGCCUGGAAACCCCGGCCAUGAUGUUCCCCCCUCAGCUGCACCCCUGUGACGUAGCCGAGAGUCUGCAGCCCAAGGCCUGCCUCCCCCGAGGACUGCCCCCCGCCUCUCUCCAGGUGCCCGCGGCCUACCCGGGCAUCCUGUCUCUGGAGGCGCCAAAGGGUUGGGCAGGCAAGUCACCAGGCAGGGGCCCCGUCCCAGUGCCCACUGCCACCAAGUGGCAGGACAGACCUAUGCAACCUCUGGUGAGCCAAGGGCAGCUAAGACAUACCAGCCAAGGUAUGGGCAUACCCGUGUUGCCUUACCCCGAGCCGGCCGAGCCGGGGGGGCACAGCGGCCCCAGCACAUUUGGCCUGGACACCCGGUGGUAUGAGCCCCAGCCCCGGCCCCGGCCCAGCCCGCGGCAGGCCAGGCGCGCCGAGCCCAGUUUACAUCAAGUGGUGCUACAGCCCUCCCGGCUCUCACCUCUGACCCAAAGCCCCCUCAGCUCCCGCACCGGCUCCCCUGAACUGGCUGCCCGGGCCCGGCCUCGCCCGGGCCUCCUGCAGCAGGCGGAGAUGUCCGAGAUCACCCUUCAGCCGCCGGCCGCCGUCAGCUUCUCCCGAAAGUCUACGCCAUCCACAGGCUCCCCUUCCCAGAGCAGCCGCAGUGGGAGCCCCAGCUAUCGGCCCACCAUGGGCUUCACCACUCUGGCCACAGGCUACCCCUCCCCUCCGCCGGGCCCUGUCGGGCCUGGGGACAACUUGGAUGUGUUUGGACAGACGUCUUCCCCUCGAAGGAUGGGGGAGGAGCUGCUCAGACCAGAGCCCCCCCCACCACCCUUACCUACUUCAGGAACACAUCCACCUGCACCUGGGGAUACUGCUGCACCUGAGAGGCUGGAGGCUCUGAAAUACCAACGGAUAAAGAAGCCCAAAAAGUCAUCCAAGGGCUCCUCGAAGUCAAAGAAACGAUCCGACGGUUCUGCCUCCCAGGCUCAGCAGCUUCCAGACUCUCAGGUUCUGUCACCCGAUGAAGCUGUCUGCCUCCGGAAGAAGAAGAGACAUUCUCGGCCUGACCCCUUUGCCCGUCUCUCAGACCUGUGCCACCGCCAGCUGCCAGAGGACCAGACGGCGAUUCUCAACAGUGUGGAUCACGACGACCCAGGCCACGCCACUCUGCUGUGACACGGCUCAAGUCUAAGUGUCCCCAGAGCAAGCAGGCUUGGCUGAGGGCAGGGGAGGGGCGCGAGGGAAGGGGUGCGGGCCUCAUCUUCCUCUGUUGGCUGAGGGUUAGUUCUGAGGGCUGCUCAGAGCUUUGUCUGCAUGUUGUCUCUCCAGCCAGAGCAGGAGUCUCCUCCGACUCCUGGCCUGCUGGCUUCGUCUUUGGGACAGAGGGCUGGAGCAGACCUUUCAGCUGGGGGUAGAGAUUGGGAAGUGAACUGGGGGCAGGGAGAGUGCUGCCUCCUCUGCGCCUCUCCCCUCUUCACCAGAUGGAUUUUUCUUACCUCUUCAAUUAUCGUUGGAAGUGAAGAAGAGGAAAGCAAUGGCGUUUAAUGCUCUCUGCUUCUGUUUCAGUUUUUCAAGUCCUGGAAGAGGGCUGGACUUCCAUCCCAUCUUCCAAACUCUACAUAUAUAUAGAUAUAGAUACAAAUGCAUAUGUAUGUAGUUUGUGGGUUUCUCUAUGUGUAUAUAUAUGUACAUUGAAGCAAAGUGCUGUUUAUUUCUGUGGUCAAUGAAAGAAGGAGGAAGAGGGCAGCAGACGUCCGAGUUUGUGAGCAGGACUGACAGAGAGCUGGCUGUGGCGCCCUGAUGUCUGCCUAGGGCAUUCUUCCUCCUGAACAGGAUUCAUGCCUUCUUAGCUGAAUUGUCUCUCUACCUUCUCCCGUCCGGAGCAGAAAUGGGCGCUUGCCAUGAUUACCAGCUGCCUGCUUUGGGGGUUAGCAAUGACUUACCACAGAACUAAAUGCAAGCCUUUAUUUCUUGGUUCCUGGGUGAAGAAAGGGUGGCCAGGCAAAGGGCCAGACUGGCAUCUUUCUUUCUUCCACAGUUUGGCUCACGCUUCAGAAGUUAGAAGCUGCUUAGCAGCGGGGCCGAGCGGGCUCUGAUGCACAAAGUCAAGCUCAUCCAUCAGUCUCUUCUGGUCCAGCCAGGGCCAGGAGCCCUGUGGCCAAAGGGCCUCCCAUUCGGGAGCCAUCUGUGCUGAGCACCAAGCUGCUGCGGCUCUAUUUAUAGCCAGCCUGUGGCUCGGCGCCCUCUGGGGCGCGGUUCCAAAGCUGCUGAUUGGAUUCCUCCUUUCCUUUUGUGAGAGCUAAUUCCCCAGAUUGAUUAAUUGCCACUUGUGGGGAGCCCGCCUGAGGCUCCCUUCCUCACUCUCCACGUGCUGCCUGCUGACUCUUCUUUGCCCAGGCGCCCUCCACUGCUCUGUGGACCCAGGAGCCAAUGGGAUGGGACCACAUGAAGCGAGGGUGCUUCAGAUUCCUGGGUUCUGGGGACGCUCUGCAUCCCCUCUCUCUUCCCCCAGUUCUAUUUAUGUGGAACUGGCUGAGGCAUGGGAAUGAAGGUGGAAAGGGUGGUAGGUAGGGGCACGGGCUCUGAUCCUUUCUCUGCCAAAAUCUUGUCCUAUUUCAAACUGUUAGCACCUAGAAGUUUCUGUGAGGUCAUCUUACGGCGACUGAAGAUGUAUCUCUCCCUUCCAAUAAGGUAAUGGUGCUGCCCAAGAGAGGGCAGACAGCCCUGAGAGUGGAUGGGGGUGCAUCUGGUCUCUUUUUCCCCUCUUGCUGUGCAGGAGCCUACCCUACCAGCUGCCCGAGAAUAAAGGUGGUGAUCAGGUUCCUUGAAGUAUUUCCUUCUUGGUGCUGCUGUCUUGGUGGGUUUGGGGACAUCUCCCUAGUUACCUGCUUGGACAUUGGCCAAGUCAAAGCACUAGAGGCUUCUGCGAGUUCAUUGCAGUUGCCAGUGGCUCAGCCCAAUGACCUAGGCAAGGAGGGGCCUCUGAGAGCCAGGAAGCUGCUCCUGUUGGGAGCUUCCAUCUUAGGGCUUGAGUUCUUCUCUGCCACACAGACCCUGGUGCUUCCUCUCUCUCGCCUAAUGAGUGGGGACCAACUCCACCCUUGGGGUUCUGCCAUGCAAGUCACACAACUGCAGUUCAUUUCUGAAAGGGAUGAGUUUGGCAAAAGAGGUGGAAAGGAGCAGAGUUUCUGGCCUUUGUCUUGUUGACUGCCUCAUUGCUCUGGGGCUGGGCCUUGUACCCUUGGGGUGGAACCUGGACUUUCUGGCUAAUGCGCUUCUCUGAGCAUCCAAAUCCACCUCACCACUGGGUGGCAGCUGCAGCAAAAUGGAAGAGCAGAGAUUGGGUGACUCGGUCUUCUUUUCUGAGGCAGCACUACCUCUGGCACCACGCUCCAAUAAGUGACUCACAAGUACUUCUCCUAGGGCAUUGAGGGGAUGGAUGUGGGGGCUCGCUCUGGUCAGUUUGUAGCCUUUGUCUGUACUCUCGCGGAGUGUCGUUUCCCAACCAGGGUGAAUACUGGCUGGAAUGUGGAGGUGGGAAUUCAGGAUGAAUCAGGCCAACUUUUCUGAGCCCUGUGCUGGAAAUUCUAGGCCCUGAGGUCACAGAAGAAGAGAAGAUGAAAUGGAAGGCUUUGCUUCUUUAGGAUGUCAUACAGGGAUGAGAGCCAAACUCUGGGCUGAGGUGCCUCAGACCAUGCUGUGUUUUUCCGGGAGCCACGAGUGGGCUAUCUCCAGGGCUAACACAGGUGCUCACUUCUUUCUUCUCUUCUUCCUCUGGCAGUCCCCCUUACCUCAGCAUAUCAGACCAAAUGAUUGGAUUGGAGGUGUUCUUUUUGCUGGCCACUGAAUGGCAGCAGUGUUGGGGUGUCACCAAGGCUAGAGAAAGGACACAAGGCCAACCUGUCUUCUGACAACCUCAGAUUCAUUUCUCCUCCCAAGAGGGCUUCCUUCUUGUGACUGUGCCCUUAGAGGCCAGCAUCCUUCCUGCACCCUGGGAGCUAUGUCAGUCCUUCCUUUAAGGAUUGUGAUGGAAACUGACAGAAUACAGUCCCCUUGGUCCGUGUGAUGGAGGGUAAAGAUAUCAUAGGUACACACUUAAGAGCUGGGUGUGUGCAUGUGUGUGAGGGUAUGGUUGUGAAUGUGUGUGUGGUGGGGUGUAGCCAUUUUUAGGGACCAAAUGUCCGUUGUGCUCUGCCCUUGAACAAGGGCCGUGGGCACUCUAAAGCUUCCUGGGACUUUCACACCGCACUCAGUGGGAGAGCAAAUGUCUUCCGUACCUCCCUUUUAUGGUCUGGUAGCUUUGCAGUAGAAGUAGCUCACAUCAGACCUAUUCCUGUGUCUCAGACUUUUGCCUGACCUUCAUUCUGCAUCUUGACUGGAAACCAUGGCUGUUUCAGUGUUAGGUGAUUUGCAGACCAGGAAAAGGGUAAAAGGAUUCUAGAAGGGGCUUGAGGCUGAAAGUACUUAGGGGGAUUGGAGACUGCAAUUGUUUGGGGAAAAAACGAACGAUAAGGAGAAAUGAGGAGGAGGUGAAUCCUGUUUCUUGGUUGUGGGCUGACCACACUGAGUAGGUUCAUGGCUUGAGAGGGGCCAUGGGCAUGGACUGUCAUUGUGGCCCCGGCUCAGCGUACACUGGUGGCCUUAGCCCCCACACCUCCCGGCCCAGCUCCUUUGCAGCUUUCCCUGAAAGGCGGGCGUUGGGGAGGGCUUUGAGAUUCCACUUUCUCAAAGGAGGCUUUGUCCCCCAGCGUGGGCGGGCUCUGCCCUGUUGGAGGGGCCUGUGUCCCAUGACUGUGCUCUUGGGGAUGUCUCAAGCAGGGGUGGAUUGGGGUGAGUAAUUAGUAAUAUUUUUCAAAGCUCUUUGUCUUUACUUUUGAUGUGGGAUCUAAAAUAUUUGGGGAUGAACUGAUUCCAGUUAUUUUCCAAUGCCCCUUUCAGGCAGAGGAAACUGGAUAGGGUUCAGAUGUGCAAUUUCCUGACUUUUUUUUGACAAGGUUGACAAAACAGUAGCUUCGGGGGAAACAGACUUCACAGAGCAUCAGGGCAACUUUGCCACUUCCCGGGAUUAGAAUAACCCAGGGCUGGGGUGUGUGUGGCUAGAGCUGUUUCUUCCAAUUUUGUUAGCAAAAGCCUUUUCGGGGGUUGGGGUGGGCUGGGGGGAAGAAUUGUACAUAAAGUACAUUUUAUUACUAUGUAGAGAAACAUAAGAAAAGCUAAUGGCUAAUCUUGGGCUUGCUUUGCUUGCAUGUAAAAGAGCUUCGGGGGCAUCGCAGGGAUCACUGGGGAGCAGUAAGAAGGAGUCAGGGAGAGAUGGGCGGGAAUGUGGAGCGGCCCCCUGAGUAUACCCGCACUGCUCCCGCUGGGAAGGGUACGUGUUCUCAAUGGGGCUUCUCCACCCAGCUCUGCAUUUCUGUCUUCUCCAAAAUAGAGGGAGCCAGCUCCUGCAGGCCAGAGGUUGGAGCCCCAAGGGGCUGCGCUUGUUGCUCUGGGGAGAGGGCCAAGGAGCUGUGUUAGUGUCCAGAUCCAGGCUGACUAAGGUAACCAGUGGGCCAGGUGUUUCAGGAAGGGGAGUUAGAGAGCCAGAGCCUAGAGAGGAGGUCACAUUCUUUUGCCAGGUGUCUGUAAGGUUGGAAGGGGAAUAGAGAGAUCCGUCAUGGAGUAGAAGGUGGGGAUUCUGGGAGAUGACAGUAAGACCAAAGCCAGAGGACAUCAAGCCUUCCCUUUCUCUUUGGGGCACAUGAUAACUUUGUUACCCCUAAGGGUACAGUGCACAAGUUGAGGACUGUCCCCGGAAAAGGAAGAGGAGUGAUUGCUCUGAGGUGGAGGAAGCCGGGGAGUGGUGGCAAUCAAAAUUAUCUUGGGGGGGGCAGGUGUGGGAGGGUAAUUGAGUUGUUGAAGAAAGACUGUGAGGUGAGGUCUUGGCAAAUGGGAUCUUGGAAGAGGUCUUCUUAGCUAGCCUUCCUUGCUUCUUCUAGAAUUAGCCUAUAACACUAAGUGCCCAAACCAAAUAUGGACGUAUUUUUUGUGAUGUCUUUCAACUUUAUCUGUUUGUUUUUGGGGGCUCCUAAGGCCCAAAGUGAGGAGACUUGUCUUGAGAUCCCCAUCCUAUCACCAGCUCUGUGUCAGUGGAGAAGGAAGAAUUAUUCUCAUGAGCUUUGUGCGUUUGUUCUCAUAAGCGGAAGUGGCAGGUGGCCUUUUCCUCUUCCUUAAGACAUUGCUCCUGGCGAUGGAGAGGAGGGUUUGGGGCAUGGCUUUUGCAUUUCUCACCCUUUCUUCUUGAGGUAUAGAGAUUGCCUUCAUGCCAUGAAGCCACACUUGGCUUUAUACCUAGAGAUUUUGUCCUCACUUUCUCUUUGACAAGUUAAGGCCACCAGUCUGGUUGACCUAGGAGGGUGAAAAAGUUUCACCCUGAAAUCAGACCAGCCAUUCCUCUAUCCUCUUUGAUGUCUUCAACUCUGCCUCCUUUUGGAUUGAGAGGCAGAAUUAAAAAUCUCUUCUUCAGAAGAAGUCAAUAAACCAAGGAUCAAAGCCCAGACUGGACUUCAGCACCCUUAGCAGCUUGGUGUUUGGUUAGGGGUGUUCAUGACUACGCCCCUCCCCUGACUGGGAGGGAAUCCAUACUGGCUUAAUGCUUUAUUUCUGGGCCCCCCUGUCUAUACUUUCAAAUAAGUCUUUAUGAACAUAUAUAAUAUCCCCACCAGAUAUUUGUGUCUUGGGUUGCGGGGAGGGUAGAAGUGUUCUCAUGACCUCAUUUCAAGCUGAUAGAAUAAUUCUCAAUAGAUUGAGUUUGAUCCAAAGACAUCCUCAUACCCCAAGGGUUUCUGUGUAGGAUAAAGAAAAAUUAAGCAUUAGGGCAAAUAUCAUUAAUAGCUGGCCAUUUAUUAUAUAAGGAAGAGUCAGAGUAUCUUGAUUGCUAAAUACUUUGGUAGGACAGCACCCAGUGAUUGAAAUCACUUGGAUAUUCUCUUCUGUGGUGGGUCUGUAGUAGUAGUUAGGGUUUCUGAAGAGAGCUGAUGAAGUAGUUGUCAGCUUUGGAACACUGGUGGGGAGAGCUAGAUUGAGGAGUUGGAGUGGUACAAAUUCUCAGCUGCUGUCCCUGGUCCCUUGGCAGUCUGCCUUUCCUAUCCCACUAGAUGGUGACAUGAAUGGCUGUAUGGGCCUGUUGUUCCUUUGGGUCUUGAAAUGUGCUCCACCAGUCCCACCUCCCCCCAGCACUGGGUUUCCUGGAUUGAUUUUAGGAACUAGGGCAAGCUCUCCCACUCCCUCCCAUAAACACACUAGUUAGGUUCCCUUUCCUUCCUUCCCCACUUCAUUGUGGCUCCAGGGAUCUUGAACUUAUGCAUGGUUUACGAUAGGGAGGUGGUUGGGUGGGGAAGGGAAUCUGGGAGGGGAGAAGGGUUUUGGGCUGGGGAGUGGGGACUUGCAUUUUCAGCCUUAGAAAUACUGUGAGCAUGCUUUUGGGUGAUGUGUGGGAUUUUUCACCUGAGUAUAUGGGAGGGGCAAAUGCCAACUCUCCUGUUGGUGAUGAGGGCUUAAGGGGCUUUGUGCUUCCUUUGGCUUAGGGCAUCUAUGAAACCUUGUUCCUGGUGGAGGAGAAUAGGCCUCCUCAUGGUCACCUUGUAAUCCUUGGAAGAGAAAUUGUCAAUUACUCUAUCAACAAAUAUUUAUAUUGCCUACUGUGAACAAUGAGAGGUCUGUCCUGAGUCGACAGUGUCCUGACUGGGUCAGAGAAAUGUCUCACCUGUCCCCCUGCAGCUAUCAGCUUAUCUCCCUGGUCUCUAACCCCCAGCCAGCUGUCUAUUCUGUGUUCCUUUCCUGGGCUCAGGAAGUAAGAGUCUAUGUAUGUGAGUUUGUGGGGGGGAGGGGUGUGUGUGUGUUUAUGGUGUGGUGUGGUGUGUAUGUGUGGUGUGUUUGUGGUGUGUGGGUGUUUGUGUCUGGCAUGUUUGUGGUAGUGUGUGUGUGCUGUGGUGUGCUUGUGGAAUGGUGUGUGUGUGUAUAAGAGAUCUGUAGGAACACACUAAUUUGCCUGAGUAAUAUUGGGCCUAGGAGACCCUCUUUUUGGUUGACUCUUUCGUUGCUAGGCAACUUCUGUUUUGGUAGGAGGGUGGAAUUAGUAAUGUACCACGUUUAGUGUAUUUUUUAUGGAGAUUGCAUAUAAAAUUAUAUAAAUGUAUAUAACUUGUUCUAUUUUAAGGAGUGAGGGGAACUUAUGUCGGGGGUGGGCGCAAGGAUCAUAUGCAAUAGUCGUGAGUGGGAGGCUUCAGGCAAGUGGGACAUCUGGGGAGUGGGACAUGGGAGGGCAGGAGACUAAAGCCGAGCAAGAGGAGCAGGAGCUUAUGCCCUCAGCAUACAUGUAUAAAUGGACAGAAAACCUAUAUAAAGUCUAUCUAGCUAGCUUAUUAUAUAUCUAUAUGAAGUCAUAGUUUGCUUUAUUUUUGUACCUGUGCUUAGAGAUGUUCUGAGCAGGACCUCCUUCCCCAGGUGGUCUGGGAUAUUAGCUCAUGCCUUGACGUCCCCUGCUUCCCCAUCCUUCCUCCAUGCCUCUUCCUUUGAGACAUUCUCUGUCCACAGGUGCUUGGGUCUUUCUGAUGGAAAUGUGUAUAUAUCAAAAUUUGAAAAAUAACAAAACAAAUAUUCCACUUGUAGAAAGGACAAGUGAACUGAAGGUUGUGGGGAACUGAUAGCCCCAAAGAAUCAGGAUUCACAGCAUCUCCUGUCACUGCAAGGGGACACUGUGGCCUGAAGGCUUUGGCUCAAGUCCUUAAUAUAGUGAGGAUGAAGAGUUGAAGACUCUGUGAAUCCAUCUCCAUAUUGCUGUGGGUUGGUACCCGGUUGCUCUGAAGGAAUCUGGCUCAGCGUUGUUAGAAAGGAGAAGGUCAAGAUUACUGUGGGGUUCAUGGCAAUACCUGUCCUGCUUUGUAGCCCUUUGACUCAAGCACUCCCGGAAGGGUAGGUGGUGAGAGGGAGGAACCUCGAGAGAGCUUUGGGAGGCUUACUGCAUGGGCUCAGUCUUGGAGAGCACCCUGGUCACUCUUGCUGCAGAUGGCUGGAACCAGUGUAAAUGUGAUAUCUAGUAUGAAUUUAUCAUAAAUGCUUUCUUCAGUUAUUAUUUUAAUUGGAAAAUAAGGUGCUGUUGGAAAUGGAAUGGUCCAAUUUCUGAGUGAAGGAUGAGGAAGGAGAGAACUUUGGGCGUGAUGGGGAGGAUGGGUCUAAGUGGAACCUCCUGACACCUGGCCUGGGACUUACAGAACUGAACAAUGUAUUGGAAGAGUUUGACCCAGAACUGGAGAUUCUGGGGAGUAGGAACUCACUUGCGUUUGAGCAGGAAACCUCUGUGCCCUGAAGAAUACCUCUGAGAAUUCAAGACCUCACGUGUGCUGUGAGGGCCAGGUACCUCACAGCUUCAUCAAUCAUCUCCUGGGUGCUAGCUCUUUCUUCUGACUUACCAAGAGCUCAGAGUGAUGUGUUUGAAGCUGUUCCAGGGCCAGGUGGUGUAGGCAGCCAGGAGAGACUUGUGGCUGCAAUCUCUCUCUCUUAUUCUGCUCAUCAACUGAAAAAAGGCAAUACUACCCCUCCUUCACAACCAAAAUGUCAUGCUAUCCAAGAGCUUUUGUCGUAUGCAGUUUGAUCAUUAGAGGAACUCAGAGGCCUCAGCUAUGAGAAGGCCUCUUUUGGGGGUAUUAUGUGAAGAAUAGAUUGGCAUGGAGCUUGAGUCUGCCUCCUGACCCUUCUGCCCCUACAGUGUAGACUUAUGGGGAGAAUACUCAGGUGCUCUCCUUGAGUCCCUGGGAUUACAUACUCAAAUGCUUCUCGUUUCCUGAGGACUACUGAGGGAAAAUGGGCUCUGUCUGUGUACUCCAAUACUGGGUCCAACUGGCUUAGCGUCCAUCCUUGGCAUGUGACUAAUCUUUUCUGCAGUUUUCUCAGGAGGCCAAAGCAGGAUUAAACCAGAUGUUUCUUGUAAGAUUUUUCAGGGACAUUGAACAGGAGCAAAAGCAGCACAUUCUAUGUCCCUUCCUGGCUUGUAACCCCUUCUAAUCUAGUAAAGCCUGCACACAAAGAGGUCUUUCCCUUCCUCUGCUUUUGGCUUUGAGAGCAACCCUCCCCCCUUUCUCCAUAGAUGCUGUGACACUUCUGGUACACAUGCACCAGCAGAAUAAGUCACGUCAGCAUCACAGGCCCGUUGUAGGGUUAGUACCCCCGCUAGGUCUAGGUUGCUCUAAAGCCCUACUUUCCACAUUAAACCCAGGGCUUGAUCCUUAGAAACCUCAGCAGCAUCAAGGUAUAUGAGAUCGAAAGAGUCACUGACCUGCACAUUCCCAACCCAUGCCUUAACCUCCAAUUGGACUCUUCAUUUAUGGGAGGAAAAGUGAAGACAAGGGAUAGAGCUCCUACCUUGAAAUUUUGGAGCGUGGAGGGGUGUCAGGCUUACCUCCACCCUUUCUGUGAUCCUGGCCAUGAGCCUUCAGAAAGAUGGUGAAAGGGUCAACAUUGGAGGGCAAAGGUUAGGUAGCCCAGCAUAGAUGUUCAGUUCCUCCGAAGAGCCAGUCUUUCACAAAGGCUCAUGGACACAAUGGACUGAGAUUUGAUGAUAAGUGCAGUAAGCAAGAUUUCCUGUCUUUGGCCCUCUCAGUUAAUGGGACAGGCUUGUGGGAUGCGUGCUUGGCUUAGGCCUCUGAGGCCCAUGGCCACUGCCGGGAACAUGAGCUAUUCCAUAUACUUGUGCCAAGCUCCUAGGUUCCCAUGUAGUGGAAAGGAUAUCGAAUUUUGGUGCUUUUCCCUUUUGCUAGGUGAUGGAGGAAUCUAUAGAGUUGUUUUGGUUUGCUGCCUCUGUCUGCUAUGUAGAACAAGAGAUUGGAGUAGACAGAUUCACUGGGAAUUACUGACCCAAGGAUUGGUGUGAGCCAUACCCUUUUCCUCUUUAUCAUCAACCACUAGCUUAGGGAAGAGGGGUUUGUCCAUUGCUCUUGGGCUUUUUACUAGGCCCUUGCACUGCUCUUUGCUAUAGAUGUUCAUGUUGAGCCCCUUUGGGCAGUAUGAAAGUAGGAAGUGGGGGGACAGGAGAACCUACACAGCACAUUCCCUGGUCUGUACCGGGUUGGCCACGAUCUUGGAGUGGGAGGGCUCUUGUGGUGUUUAGCAAACUCUUGCACAGUGCCCAGGGACUGGAGGGGUUGCUCUGGAAUGAUCUUGAUCACUAGAACUUUGAGGCGUUCGAAAGGGAGUGGUUGGUUUAGGGAAGCAGAGCAGUUGAAAGCUCCAUUUACCAAGUCAUAUGCAUCAAUCUCAGAAGGUCGUAACGUCUCAUUCAGGUUUAGUUUCUGAACCGCCCCGCCGUUUGCGGGGCCAGAGACUGAGGGCAUGGAUGGGGUGUGCUUUCACCACUUGCUCCUUCUUUUCCACAGCCGCUGACCUGAAGGGACAACAUCCUGCUUCAUUGUCAGUGACGCUUGGUUCCUUUUAUCUUCAACUUUUCUCUUCUACCAGGAGAGAGUUUACUGUCCUGGGGAUAAUGCUUCCAUUGCACACCUGGAGGCAAUUUUGUUUGAGUUUCUUAUCCCUAUUUCACCCAGGGGUCUGUAGACAUACCGAAGGUGGGGGGUGACCAGGCAGUGUAGGUGGGGAGGGCCCUGAUGCUGCCUCCCCAAGACCUCUUAAAAACUCCAUACCUCCAGAUGCCCAGUCUCUCCCUGCAUUAGUUCUUCUUUUCUAAAAUGAAUCUGGAUAUGACUAUCAGUUUUGUCAUGGGAGUUCUUGCUCUCGUUUCAAACUCUUGUUUCCUUCUUCACCUUUCUUUGGGGCUUACCCUCAUCCAUGCCAGGUCUUCUUGUGAAGACCCCUCAAACUUCGUUUCCAUUUCUUGAAUGUUUAGUAUUACAACGUAACUGCGCUAGGGUGCUUUAUGGUGCUGUUCUUGAAGAGGCCAGCUGGACUGAACCUCCUUUGUCCCACUGGUUCCUUAAAUCUUGCUGUAUUUUGUCUUCUAUUUUAUUUUCUCCCUAGGGGUGUGGGGUGGGAGACGUAGGGGUGGCUUUUGUGUUCUCUCUCUCUCUUUUCUGUAUGUAUGGACUGGUUAAAGUCAGUUAUCACGGGCAGCUGACUUCAUGGUAUUGGUUGGCUGACUUUGGUUAACUAUUAAAGACAAACCAACAAAUUGUACAGCUGCACACAGAACACCUUUGAGUGUGAAUCUGAAUGGCAACUAGAGGCUUACUUUUUGAACUUCAGGUAUGUAAUUCAAAAGUAAAUAAAAACACUAUUUUUUCAGUAAGCUUUUUUUUUCUUCUAAGAAACGACUUAGAAAUCAAACUACAAGAACAUUAAAUCGGUGCUGUACCAAAGCCUUAUAUGAAUAUACUCUACACUUUGUGUCACCUGUCUCUGGUGAGCUCCCUGCUCUGUCACCCUCUUCUCAAAGCCUGGGAAUGCCAGCAUGUGUCAAGCCUGGGGCUAGGUCUUGGGGACAAGAGGGCCAACGGGGCACCUUGGAGCAGAGAUGAUGGUGAAGAUGAGACACCAUCCUGCUUCCUGACUUGACUCUGGAAGGAAAGCAGGCAUUUGUGUGCAUGGGUGUGGGCUGGUGUGAGUGUGUGUGUGUGUGUGUACACAAGUGUGUGUGUCUGCUUACAGGUGCACAAUGCCAAAGUGAAUGCACUAACUGGGGGUCUGAAAGGGAGACCCAGGUGGGCUCUGGGAGUGGGUGGUUGUAGUGAAAGACACGUCUCUCUCCUGUUUCCUGUCCCCUCCCCUUCCUCUCUGUCAGGGAAAGGAGGUGCGUAGAAACAGCUACACUCCCAACCAGGUGCUUUUUCCUCAAAGUCUCCAAACUGUAAGCAUUUCAAAGGGCCCAGCCAGGAGGCAGGCACCUCCCACCACCAAAUCACAGACUGCCAAGACUGGAGGAACGCUUCUCCUCCUCAGCUCUUGCUUUCUUGGGGAGGGGGUCUCCUCCUGCAGGGCCCCUUGACCUCCCGUUCCUGGGCCUCGGCCUGUUCCAGCUGCCGCCCCUCCAGAUGGGCUCUGAAUGGCUCUCUUACCCCUUCUUCCCUCUCCGCAAAGAAGACCCCACUAAAGAUGACCCUAAGCCACGCCUGCUCUGUGGCCCUAAGCAAUAAUGCCUGCCCUGGUUACCAAGGACAGUGACUCCUUUGGCCUUAGACUCUUGCCAGUUAAAAAACUGAGUGACACCCCAAACUCAAUUAGGGAGAGACUCUGCAGCCUGCUGUGGCUCGGGCUGCUGUGCCAGGCUCCACUCACUGGUAUUUUCAGGCUUGCCAGAUACUAACCACAAUUCAUCGCUGGUAACACUGCAUGUUCAUAUAGUGAGUUAAAAAUCAAAGCAAGCAGACAUACACAUAAGCAAACAAACAAAAAGAGGAAAAAGGGCACAUCAAAUGACAAGGUGUGUAGCCAGUGAAGGUAUCCUGGGAGUGUUGCAAGUUAAUCUGAUGA